AUGGCGACUCGUUAAGAAAGAUAGGAUGGCCUGAAGGGAGUGAUGGUGUUUGUCGGAAAAAUUAUUGCCAACGACAAAACUGUUACCAUUUUUUACAUUGGGCUUAAAAUGAAACGGAUAUCUCGCGUCCGCAUUUUGAAUGCGUGUGUUCUGACAGAGUGGAAGACGUACAGGGUGAAUUGAAGCGGCAGGCAAAAGCGGCCAACUUUGCUUGUAGCAGUUAGCUCGCCAACGGCACCAAAGCACAGCUGGCCCUCGUUAGCUAACCACCAACAACCACCAAGCAGCAGUCAGCACAACAGGAGGAAGGAGAGCGGCGAGCAGCCCCAUCAUAGCCCGGCACAUCGAGGUGUCUACGGGUCAGUCAACAACAGUUUACAAGGAGACUAUGUCGCUUGUUUGGAGCUUGGUAAUGGAGGGGGAAGAGUUUAUAGCUCCUCCGGAGUGUCCAGUUUUUGAGCCGUCAUGGGAGGAGUUCCAGGAUCCUCUGGGCUACAUUGCCAAAAUACGUCCAAUUGCAGAGAAGUCUGGAAUCUGCAAAAUUCGACCUCCACCAGACUGGCAACCACCAUUUUCAGUGGAGCUGGAUACAUUCCGAUUUACGCCACGCAUGCAGAGACUUAAUGAACUGGAGGCGGAGACAAGAGUGAAGCUUAAUUAUUUGGACCGCAUUGCCAGGUUCUGGGAGAUUCAGGCUUCCUCCUUGAAAAUCCCACACAUCGAAAGACGAAUCCUUGAUCUUUUUGGUCUGUCAAAGGUUGUGUCUGAUGAAGGGGGUUUUGAGAUGGUCUGUAAAGAACGACGUUGGGCCCGUGUGGCACAGAGGCUUGGCUACCCUCCAGGCAAGAACAUUGGUUCUCUUCUGCGUUCACACUACGAGAGGAUUGUCCACCCUUUUGAAAUGUUCCAUUCUGGUGCCAGCUUGCCGCAUUGCAAGCCAAAGCACUACGACGGUGAGGAUGUGGAUAAGGAAUACAAGCCCCACUCCAUCCCCCUGCGUCAGUCUGUGCAACCAUCCAAAAUGAGCAGUUACGGGCGCCGAGCAAACCGCUGCCAGCCAGAUGGUCCAGAGGAUCUGAAUCCCCAUCCUCUCACCGCUGGCUCUCAACACAUCUCAGCGCCUGAACCUACUGAGGAAGACAUAGAGAAGAACCCAGAAUUAAAGAAGUUGCAGAUCUAUGGCGCAGGGCCCAAGAUGAUGGGACUUGGACUCAUGGCACGGGACCGAGGCAUUAGGAAGAAGGAUGAACUGCCUCAGACUGUAACCAUCAGGGACAGCACAGCAUCUUCUCCUGGUGUCACAUCUGUAAAUGCGGAGCUUCAGGUUCCUCAGGGGGGAGAGAGCGACGAGCGCUCAGCCACUCCCCAUGUUCCCCCCGUCAGCAUCACGGUCAAGACAGAGGUCAAAACAGAAGUCAAGGCUGAAGUCAAGACUGAAGUGAAGAAAGAAGAAUUGGCUGAGCAUCUUCACAAAGAAAGUCGUCAACAUCUUACAGAUGGUCCGUGCACCAAAAUGACCAUGAGGCUACGACGCAACCUCAACAACAUGCAGUGUGUGGAGUCCUUUGUGUGUCGGAUGUGUGGCCGUGGAGAUGAUGACGAGAAACUCUUGCUAUGCGAUGGUUGUGAUGACAACUACCAUACGUUCUGCCUGCUGCCCCCACUCACUGACCCUCCCAAAGGCAAUUGGCGAUGCCCGAAGUGUGUUGCAGAAGAGUGCAAGAAGCCUUCGGAAGCGUUUGGCUUUGAACAAGCAACCCGCGAGUACAGUUUGCAGAGUUUUGGGGAGAUGGCCGACGCAUUCAAAGCAGAUUACUUCAACAUGCCCGUCCAUAUGGUUCCCACUGAGCUUGUGGAGAGGGAGUUCUGGAGGUUAGUUAGCAGCAUCGAGGAGGACGUGACUGUGGAGUAUGGAGCAGACAUCCACUCCAAAGAGUUUGGCAGCGGCUUCCCGAUGAACACCGGCAAGAGGAUUCUGACAAAGGAAGAGGAGGACUAUGCCCGCAGUGGCUGGAACUUGAACGUGAUGCCUGUGCUGGAACAGUCUCUCCUGUGCCACAUCAAUGGUGAUAUCUCUGGCAUGAAGGUGCCCUGGCUUUAUGUUGGCAUGGUAUUCUCCGCUUUCUGCUGGCACAUUGAGGAUCAUUGGAGCUACUCCAUCAACUACCUGCACUGGGGGGAACCCAAAACCUGGUAUGGCGUUCCCUCAGUAGCUGCUGAGCGACUAGAGGAGGUGAUGAAGAAACUGACUCCAGAGUUAUUUGAAUUUCAGCCUGACCUCUUGCAUCAGUUGGUUACAAUCAUGAACCCAAACAUCCUUAUGGCCCACGGUGUACCGGUUGUGCGGACCAACCAGUGUGCUGGUGAGUUUGUCAUCACCUUCCCUAGAGCCUACCACAGUGGCUUCAACCAGGGAUAUAAUUUUGCAGAAGCGGUCAACUUCUGUACUGCAGACUGGCUUCCUGCCGGUCGUUCCUGCAUUGAGCACUAUCGGCGUCUGCGGCGGUAUUGUGUCUUCUCUCACGAAGAGCUCACUUGCAAAAUGGCAGCCAGUCCAGAGAAACUAGACCUCAAUCUUGCUGCAGCAACACACCGGGAAAUGUUUAUAAUUGUUCAGGAGGAGAGAAAGCUGCGGAAGGCUCUGAUGGAAAGGGGCAUCAGCGAAGCAGAGCGUGAGGCAUUUGAGCUGUUACCUGAUGAUGAGAGACAGUGUGACAAAUGCAAGACAACUUGUUUCCUCUCAGCGCUGGCUUGUUCAAACUGCCCUGACCGUCUGGUGUGUCUCUAUCACACUCAGGAUCUGUGCAACUGUCCCACUGACAAACUCUACCUCAGGUACAGAUAUACCCUGGACGAGUUGUUGGCCAUGUUACACCGCUUAAAGGUCCGCUCAGAGUCCUUUGAUUCAUGGGCCAACAGAGUAAAAGAGGCACUUGAGCAAGAGGAGGGAAACAAGAUAGGGAUUGAUUACUUGGAGGUGCUCAAGACCGAAGCGGCGGAAAGAAAGUUCCCUGACAAUGAACUUCUACGUAAACUCAACACUGUUCUCAAAGACAUCAAGCACUGCCAGCAGAAGAGCACUGAGCUCCUCACUAACUCAACAACCAGUGAUGCAAAAAUGACUUUGGCGGAGCUGAAAUCCUUGAUAGAGACGAUGCAAAAUCUGCCAUGUGUGAUGAGUCAACUGGAUGAAGUGCAGGCGGUUCUGCAGACGGUGAGUGACUACCAGAGCCGAGCUCAGGAGUUGGUUAACGAGCGCGACUGGAGGAGGAACGCUGCGCCCACAGAGUUGUUGCAGUCAUUGCUGGAGCAGGGAACUAAGCUGCCUGUUGUGGUGCCAGAGUGUAAUCUGCUCCAGGGCCUUAAGGAGCUGGGGCACUGGCUGGCAGAGGUCAGGCGCACCUUGGGCACAGAGGGGGGCGAGAGGCCGGAGGUCACGUUGGCAGUGUUGAGGAAUCUGAUCGAGGCAGGCUGCAACGUGCCUCAGAGCGCAUCUGUAGAUACUGCCAUGGCAGAACUGCAGGAGCUACUCACUAUUGCAGAACGUUGGGAGGAGAAAGCACAGAUCUGUCUUGAGCAAAGGCAAAAGCACCCUCUCUCAACACUGGAGGCGAUUGUUAAUGAGGCCCAGCUUAUUCCUGUCAAGCUGCCUAACAUUCAAGCUUUGCAGGGCUGUCUAAGCCGCGCACGUGCUUGGGUAACAGACCUGGAGGAAAUUCAGAAUGGGGAGCAUUACCCAUGUCUGGAUGACCUGGAGGGAUUGGUGGCCGUUGGAAGGGACCUGCCCGUCUUCAUGGAGGAGCUGCGACAGCUGGAACUACAGGUUGCCAGCGCUCACUCCUGGAGGGACAAGGCCAGCAAGACCUUCUUGAAGAAAAGCAGUCAGCACAGUCUCCUCGAGGUUUUGUGUCCAUGCGCUAAAAGGAGACAUAACGAGACAGAGGAACUCGAUGACUGUGAUACCAACACACUGGGCCUCUCUGCUCAAGAUCUUAGGGACCCUGCAGCUAUUGUAAUGGCAUUCAAGGAAGGGGAGCACCGGGAGAAAGAGGCACUGCUGAGGUUACAGAAGGUCAACAUGGGGAAGACUGAACUUAAUGCAGGAAGUUACAAAGAGGGGAAGGCGACAUCGGACGACCGCAUGGAAACGGACUCUGAAAACUGUGUCAAAGAGAACGGGAGCCACCCUGGUGCCACCUCUUCUCAGUCGGUGUGCGUGUGCGCAGGUCAGCCGCGCGCGCCGCAGUUGCGCUGCCACCUUUGCAAGGACUGGUUCCAUGGCAGCUGCGUUCCCUUCCCCUCGCUGCUUCUCUCUUGUGGACCGCCGGCUAACCCGCACUGCUGGUGGGACUGGGACUCGCGCUUUCUGUGUCCGCGGUGCCAGCGGUCGCGGCGCCCACGUCUGGAGACUAUCCUGGCAUUGCUCGUGGCGUUGCAGAGGCUGCCCGUGCGCCUGCCCGAGGGUGAGGCGCUGCAAUGUCUCACAGAGCGGGCCAUCACCUGGCAGGGUCGCGCCAAAGAGGCACUGGAGACGCCUGAGCUGCAGCGGGCCCUUCAGACGAUGCAAGAACUGAAAGAAAGCCUCCAUUGUGACAAGGAGGAAGAAUGUGUGCAGAAAGAUGCGGACUCCAGCUCGGUCAUUGUUUUAUCUGACUCGGAGGGAGGUGAAGGAGAGGAUGGAAUCAUCGAUCUGACGGAAGAUUCCCCCAAAAAGAAAUCCAAGGAGUCCACUGGCAUUCAGGCUGCUUGUGAGAACGGCGUCGCCAAGAACUGCAGUGUUAAUGAUGUGGGCGCUCUGCUGCCGCUGCUGCCUGAGCUCAAAGGUCAGGUGGUGCAGCUUUCUUCACCCACGCAGGAGCGACUGGAGGAGCUGCAGCUGGAGGGAGAUCUGCUGGAGGUCUGUCUGGACCAGAUGCACAUCAUCGGCCGAGUCCUGCAGGCCGCCUCGGAUCCGCCUGUGGCGACACUGCGCACGCUCAUUCAGACGGAUCUUGAAGAGCAGCGACGAAGCAGUCGAGGACGUACGAAGGACUCCAAGAGGAAGCGAAAGAGCCACCGAGGAGGCGGCGGGGAUGCAGAGGGUGGCGGAGCGGCGCCGCUGGACGCGUCCGACUCUAAGAAAAGCUGCCCCUUACCUCAGCUAACUGCCCAGAUUCUGUGAGGGUGGACAUUGGAUCUGCCAAAGAAACUGAGGGAGCAGACUGUGAGGGGCGAAAAAAAAAAAAAAAAAAAAGAUGCGGGACAUACACACACACACACACACACACCCUCCUCCCAAUCUUCUACACUCCCUCUCACACAAAUAUGACUUCCUGUUGUCUACAAGCUCCACUUUCCCUGGACCUGUUUCUAAAGACUGUGUAGGCUCAUGUGGGACUUCCUGUGAUAGCAGUGUGUGGUCUAUCUAGAAUUGUCUCCCAGGUAAGUUGGUAUGCUUUGUUACCCCACCACCGUGUUAAGUGGAAGCCCCCUCACCCUUGUUCUUGAGCUCCUCGGAUAAGCUAUUUGGGUUCGUUUGUUUUUUACGAGGCCACGAUACGACGCAGCUGUGCGGCAGAACUUUGAUGACUUUUAUUUUUUUAGUCGUACUGAAGCUUGUGUUCAUCGUUUUCGAGGGACGCAACAUUCGUAAGGAACUGAUGACGUUUUGGGAAAUGUUUAAAACAGGCAUUCAUGUUUUUGGUGCUACUUUCCCAAAAUGGACACUGUCUGACCCCAGAGCAGUGAUGUUAUCCUUUCAGUUCCUCUUCUUUUUUGGUUCCCUCAUCUGCAAAAUAAAGUAACUUUACUGUAA